UUAAGCAAUGGUCUGACUGUGAGCGGCGAACUAGGUCCCUGUGCCUUUAAGAACACUCGGUCUAGGGUGGCGCUUUCCUCCGCAAGGGCUUCUUGAUAUUAAUAGUGUUGGUGUCUUGAAACUGACGUAAUGCUUGGAGUCUGAGGUCCUGACAAGCGAUAACAUUUCUGAUAAAGAACUGAGAUCACUGCAAACUAACCUCCUUUUUUCCAUCCAGUCUCAGGCGUUUUUAAUAUCAAACACAGUCACCCCGAUUCCACUUGCACAGGAGAAAUUCGAAAUCUUAGAUCCCCCCUAACAACAACAAAAAAAGAAAUAAUACCCCGAGAUCAACAAACAAACAACACAAAGACGGUUCAUGGCUUACGCCAAAGCUCCACCAUCUUUCAGACUGCAAAGACUAUUGCAAUUUAAUCAACAGUGAGGGAAGCUUUCUGUGACGCGUACGCCGCUUGAACCCGGGACCACAUUCACCUGCCAAGGCCUGCGAAGAAACGAUAGGAGGAAAAGCGACUGUCCAAACAAAAAUAAACACGGGGACAGGAAAGGAGGACAAGAAAAAGAAACCUUCAAGGGGGGAAAAAAACAGAAGAAGAGGAAGCAUACAGAAGAACAAACCCAACAAUCCAACAAUGGAAUAAAUACGUAUCCAGUAUGGGAGUGAAAUAAAAGGAUAACUGAGACGCAGGGCAAGGGCUUUGGAUAUUGUGCCAACUCUGCUAUCUGCCUCCCUGAAAGCCCCGCUGAUAAUGCUCUAACCCAAUGCGCAGCAGAGAUAUGGUGCGGAAAAAGAACCCCCCUUUGAGGAGCUUCGGCGGUGAGGAGGAGGGUGAGGCACUGGCUGCCGAGGCCAGCGGGCCUGAAAGCGAGGACGCAGACGGCGGCGGCCGACCGGCUGAGCCCAGCAGCGCUGAUGGAGACCAGGGCCGCCGCGCCGACGUGCCUGUGGCAGGGGACGAGCCCGAGGAGCCGCAGGCCGCCCCCGUCAAACGUGCUUGGAGAGGAGGAGGAGGAGGAGGCGGCGGAGCAGGAGGAGGAGGAGGAGGAGGAGGAGGAGAGGCAGGAGCGCCAAGAGACAAGCCUGGCUUUCAUUAUGCUGGGGGACACAAGAAGGGCGGAGGAGAGGAUGCGGUGUCAGACACCAGGCUGCUGAUUCUCACGUCUCGUGCCGCCGACGGUGACGCGGAAGGACGGGACGAGUCGGUGUCUCCCUCCCGGUUUGAGGAGAGAGAGCAGGGGGAGGCGGGGGAGGGCCGGGAGGCCGGUGGCUGUAGGCUGGAGGGGUGGCAGCGGACUGGCGGUGGGGUCAUUGUGCAGGGCUGCACCAGCAACGGGCAGGAGAGUGACUCCGCCACCCACAGCCCCGAGAUGAGCCACGACGAGGAGAUGCCCCCCCUCCGCCCAUCUCUCCACCGGCGCAGAAACAGCGAAGGCACUCCCGCCAUGCUGGGGACAGAGGGCACUGCCAGCCCCCCGGGCCCUGAAACGGGCAUCCCCCCUUCCUCCUCCUCCCCCAAGCUGCAGGAUUUCAAGUGCAACAUCUGCGGCUACGGUUACUACGGCAACGACCCCACCGACCUGAUUAAACACUUUCGCAAGUACCACCUGGGACUGCACAACCGGACGCGGCAGGACGCCGAGCUGGACACCAAGAUCCUGGCGCUCCACAACAUGGUGCAAUUCUCGGCCCAGAACCAGGGCAAGGAGGGGGGUGGGAGGAUGCUGGGACAGGCUGGGCUCAGUGGGAGUUUACCAGACCCAAGCUCCCCAAGACCCUCGCUGCUCAAUGGCACCUAUGAUGUGCAGGUGACACUUGGGGGCACCUUCAUCGGUAUCGGUAGGAAGACGCCCGAUUGCCAGGGUAACACCAAGUACUUCCGCUGCAAGUUCUGUAACUUCACCUACAUGGGGAACUCGCCGGUGGAGCUGGAGCAGCAUUUCCUGGCCACCCACCCCAACAAGAUGAAGAGCCCCCCGCCCCCCCCGGCGGGCCACAGCGUCGACGACAAGCCGGCGCUCGAGCGCAAGAGCAACUGCGUGGUGGUACGCGGCGGCGGCCUGGUGGGGCUGGAGGAGCACGGCAAGUGGGCGGACCGCGUGGCGGUGCGCGCCGAGGACGACUCGGUGGCGGGUUACUCGGUGCCCAUCCAGCCCGCCGACCCUUCCUCGCCGGGCAGGACGGGCGCAGGGCAGCUGGAGGCAGCGGGCGGCAUGGCGUACUACUGGUGCAAGUACUGCAGCUUCAGCUGCGAGGCCUCCAGUCGCAGUCGGCUGCUGGAGCACUACGAGAAGAGGCACGGCCAGCCCACCAGAGAGGGCAGCCCGGCCGAGCGGGAGCGCAAGCCCCCCAGGGAGGGAGCGGGAGGAGACCUGGCCUCCUCCGUCCUCCACGCCCGCAGAAAGGACAAGGGGGCUGGGGGUGGCGCGGAGCCCGAGGCGGUGGUGACCAGCUACAACUGCCAGUUCUGCGAUUUCCGCUACUCCAUGAACCACGGGCCGGACGUGAUCGUGGUGGCGCCGCUGUUGCGCCACUACCAGCAGUCGCACAGCAUCCACAAGUGCACCAUCAAGCACUGCCCCUUCUGCCCGCGCGGCCUCUGCAGCCCCGAGAAGCACCUGGGCGAGAUCUCCUACCCCUUCGCGUGUCGCAAGAGCUCCUGCUCGCACUGCGCCCUCCUCCUGCUCCAGCUCUCCCCCAGCGGGGGGGCCACUCCGCCACCGCCGACCCCCCGCCCGUCCGUCACGCACCUGUGCGACCAGUGCCCGUUUGCCACCACCGACAUCGACCUGCUGCUCAUGCACUACGAUAGCGCGCACACGCCCCACGCCAUGCCGGAGGUGAAACCCGAGGAGGAGGGCGGUGAGCGAGGGGUCAAAGGGCCGGCACUGGCCGAGCACUCCUGCACCAAGUGCCACUUCUUCACCGAGGUGGAGGAGGAGAUCUUCCGCCACUACAGGAGGGUCCACGGCUGCUGCAAGUGCCGGCACUGCAGCUUCACGGCGGCGGACACGUCCGCCCUGCUGGAGCACUUCAACACGGCCCACUGCCCCGACCCGGCCCAGCCCGGCGGCGCCGGCGCACCCACCAACGGCUGCUCGGCCCCCUCCACCCUCAGCAUCAAGGAGGAGAGCAAGGGCGACCUCAAGCUCUACAGCCUAGCGCCCCCUGAGGGUCGGCCGGCCGAGGCGGGGCCCGGGCUCGAGAUGGGCGUGAAGAGCGAGGCCCCCGACGAGAAGGAGUCCCUGACCCGCGGAGGAGGAGGAGGAGGAGGAGGAGGAGGGCCAACAGGCGGAGAGAAAGGCUGGGCAGAGGCCCUGGCCAGAGCCGGAGCCGUGGCGGCAGCAGCAGCCGCCGCCGGCGCGGGGGACCAGGUGCAGAGCCUGGUGUGGGUGCCCAAGGAGCGGGCCGGCGAUAUCCUGAGGGGCAGCCCCUCGCAGUUCCCCCAAGGGGCGCUCGGCCUGCUGAACGCGGUGGCCGCCCAGCAGCAUCAGCAGCAGCAUGAGCAGCAGCAGAAAGCAGCGGCGGCCGUGCUCAGGGACUCGCCCGGUCUGGUGUUCAGCCUGAGUGCAGACGCCAAGGGCUUCUUGCAGGCCCAGACCCCGUCCGGAAGAGGAGAUGGCGGAGGAGGAGGCGGCAGCGACAAGGGCGCGGGUCAUGUGACGCAGCAGUACUCGAGCGGUGGCACUACGGAGAGCAAGAGCGCCAAGGAGGAGUCACAGUCUCUUCUACGGAGGCGGCGAGGCUCCGGGGUGUUCUGUGCCAACUGUCUGACCACCAAGACCUCUCUGUGGAGGAAGAACGCCAACGGGGGCUACGUGUGCAACGCGUGUGGCCUGUAUCAGAAGCUCCACUCGACCCCGAGGCCACUGAACAUCAUCAAGCAGAACAACGGCGAGCAGAUCAUCCGCCGACGAACGCGGAAACGCCUGAACCCCGACACACUCCCGUCCGACUCUGUGGGCUCCAAGCAGCAGCGCAGCAUCAACAGCGAGGAGCGUCUAAACGGCAGCCCCCUGGAGCGUCGGCCGGACGACCAACAGACCCCCUCGAGCGGCCCAGACACCCCCGCCCCGCUGCGCUCGGACGUCCCGCACACACCGCUGGGCAAGUACGAGAGCUACGGCUCCUCAGCCAUGGGGGUGAAAGGCCACCCCAGUCCACGCUCCACCCACGCCUUCCUGGUCAACCAGACCCUGGAGAUCCAGAAGCGAAUGCCCCCGCUGCAUCUUCACAAGAGCCCGCCGGAUGGAGGGCCACUGGUCGCCGAGGGCAACGGCCUCGCCCCCAGCUCGGACGGCGGCAAAGGCGGCUCCGAGCGUGGCAGCCCCAUCGAGAAGUACAUGCGCCCGUCCAAGCAGGCCAGCUACUCGCCCCCGGGAAGCCCCAUCGAGAAGUACCAGUAUCCCUUCUUCAGCCUGCCCUUCCUCCACAAUGACCUGCAGAGCGAGACUGACUGGCUACGCUUCUGGACUAAGUACAAGAUGUCCGUGCCGGGCAAUCCGCACUACCUGGGCCCCGUGCCCGGCCUGCCCAACCCGUGCCAAAGCUUCGUGCCUUACGCCCCCUUCGGGCUCCCUCCUCACUUCCCACCCCCGCCGCCUCCGUCCUCCGCCGGCCCCGACAGCGACACCCCCCUGGACCUGGCCAUCAAACAUUCCAAGCCCAGCCCCUCUGCCACGCCCAACGGCGCAGGCACAGGUGCAUCGAUCCCCCUCACCCUAACCCCGCCCGCCAUCGUCGUGGAAAGAAGCACCCCUGAAAAACGUUCCUCGCCCGCUGCAGUGAUGGAGAAAGAGCGCGAGCAGCCGAAAAGGCAGCAGCUUAAACCAUCGAACGAGGUGGAAGAGGGCUCCCCGAGGGCUCUGUCGCCACCGCAAGCCAAACCCGAGACUGCGGAGCAGGGGACGCAGGAUGAGCUGUCCAGCAAGUGCGUCCGCUGCGGCAUCCUCUUCCUGGACGAGGUCAUGUAUGCCCUGCACAUGAGUUGCCACGGCGACGGGGGACCCUUCCAGUGCAGCAUCUGUCUCCACGCCUGCACCGACAAGUACGACUUCACCACACACAUACAGAGGGGCCUCCACCGGCCAGCCAGCGAGCCGCCAUCAGCCGCCUCGACCCCGACGCCAGCGGCGGCACCAGGCGACAGCCCCCCUCAAGAGUGAGCCGUCUCAGUUCAGGAUGUCCAGUCCCCUCCAGCACACAACGCUCAGCAUGAACUGCAGGGGGUGCAGUGGAGACAGUGGUUCAACAGUGAACACAUCCUCCCCUCACCCUAAAAACCCCCCUCCCGCUCACGCUCUCUGUCCCACCCGGCCCUAUACCCACCCGAGUAAAAAGACAUAAAGAAGUAGUGGAGGAUCCACAAAUGUGCCAUGACUGCAUGCGCUGCCAGUCUCUUGCGGUGCCUCAGUCUUCAAAAUGGGAAAUAAGACACGAGAGUCCUAGACAACUGUUGGGAGUUCAUUACGAGCUGAAAACAAAUGAACUACAAAAAAGCUAUUUGCAAUUUCCACAUUUUUAUGAAGACACAAAUGCUUUUUAAUGACAAUGGUACAAGUUGUUUAUUUUUCCCCUCCUCAGUUCCUGAGACUUGUAGAGCAGUCCAGCAAGAAAGGUACAUGAGCAGAUUUAUUUUUAUUGGUUUGAGUUUUUUUGUUAUUGUUGUUUUUUUUUUUGUUUUUUUUUGUACUCCCUUACCUUUCUCCAGUGGGAGAAGUCACUUAUCAAAAUGUUCUCGUACCUUCAGUGACUCCAGGAUGGAGGGCUUCAUAUUUGGGGGCAAAGGGUCGAGACAGGUGUUGGUAGUCAUCUGUCCUGAAAGCCACGGAAUAAGUGACAACGUCCUCAGCUAAAUUCAGAAUAACGAAGACGUCCUCAGGGAACGUGCACGGCUGAUAUAGAGACCCUCUGUAGUUUAGACGUACUUGUCGCCAGUUAACAUUGUACUAAGUGUCCUAUGUUGUAUCUUACAAUGUUCAUUUCUAGAGGUGCAUUGUUUUUUUGUUUGUUUUUUUGAGUGGGUUGGGGGGGGGGGUCACAGAUAUCCGUCAAUACUUUAAGCUGCUGCCUUAGUUGCUGGGAUGGAAAACUGAUAUCACUAGAAAUUUGGGAAGGAAUACAAAGAAGAAGAAGAAGAAAAACAAUAUAUUUUCUAAGAUGUUAAUAAGAAUAAUCAUUAUAUCAGUGCCUGAUAUAUUGUACAAAGUAUUUUCUACCUGGUAUGUUGAUAUGCAGCAAUGACUUUGCAUUCGAGUAAAGGGCCCGUGAGCUAGGCUCUGACAAACUGUUUACAUUUGCAAAUGUAGCAAACUUGGUAAUGAAGCAAACACCUGCUAUUGUUACAUUUAUUUCAUUUGUUAAUUUUAUUUUAAUAUUUUUAAUCUCACAAGAACAACAGAUGCUAUUCAAAAUAUAUGCCUUUUCUUAAAGGUAGGAGCUUCAAGGAACAGAAGGACAUGGUUAUUUUUUAACGUAUAUAACGUACAUACAGAGGCCACACUUAGCAUCUCUCCAUUCCAAGCGUAGUCUGUCUCUAUUCUUAAUCUUACCUGGCACGUGCGCGCACACACACACACACAUGCACGCACACGCACACACCGCAGUGCUUUUAAGUCCCAGAACGAUUCUCAUGGUGGUGGACUUCAGCCUUUCUCACACUCCGACACCGAACAAAAAAAUACUCAAGAGCCUGAAAAGGCUUUGGUAUACAUUUUUUUUAUUAAGCGAAUAGGAUCUCUGAAUAAAUUCCUUGUUUUUAAUUCUAACUUUUUUGUUCGUCCAGGAAUUUCAGCUGCCACAAACUUUUUUUUGUUGUCUUUUUUAUUUUUGUGUGUGUCCGUUUUGCCUUUUACGACAAAGAAAUACAGAGAGAGCCAAGGACUAAUUCUUCCGUAUUGUUACGUCUGCAUCCCGAGACAAUAGAGUAUUGUUAACAGCCAAGAUGUGCAGGUGUCCUGCAGGUGCCUUUCGUUGUUAGAGUGGCAGUUGUGUAAACACUCCCAGUUUGCAAAAUCCAUGCAUUACAUUGCAGGACGGUGUCUUUGAGGGCAGUGGUGGCCAAGUACUUAAGACUGCAGUUGUACGUGGGCAUGUUCCUGAAGUUAAACCGCAGCACUAGCUUGUUAGCAUACCCUCAUCGACUUUCAUGUGGAGGAAUUCGAUGUGAAUUGCAAGGUGCCUACAUAGCUGGUGGUCCAGUUGAACUUUAGGCAUAGCGGGAAGUACACUGGCUUUGUCGGUGCAUUGACACCACACAAUGGCUUUCAGAUUAGACUCGCACAGUGUCCUUCAUGAGAUUCACAUCAGUGAAAUCACCUGUGCCCCCUCUGACUACAGCGAUUUCAGAGCCUUACCAAGCAGAUGCCCUCUCAUCAGCAAUAUCAGAUCUACUUGACUGGAGUCGAAUCAGUAGUCCUAGCCUGUAAUCAUUUUUAAAAGCAUCCAGCGAUGCUCACCAGAAGCAAAAGCCUCUCAUUUUACUGAAUGGCUUUUACACACACCCCGUACGUGCUUUGCUAGCUUCAAAAUGUGUUUACCCUCCGCUAGCCUUGCUUUAUGUUGUCUUGGAGUGCACACUCCUGCCCACGGUAUAUAUUUAUAUGAAGUGGAGAGCGACUUGGAGGAUGUGUCAGAGAGUGAGAAAGAGAGAGAGAGAGAGAGAGAGAGAGGGAGAGAGAAUAGGAUUGUGGUAUCAUGGAUGUCUUGGGAGUUAUUUCUGAAUUACUGAGAGGUGUCAGAUACUCAGUAUAGCCUGACCAUGCUGCUUUACUGCAAAAUGCCUCCUCUUGGGAAAUAAAUAAGUAAGAAAAAAAAAGAGAAUAAAUUGAAAUAAUAAAGCAUUGUUUUUUUUCACAGGAGCAUUUAUACAGUAGGUUAUUGAAUAACAUAAGGAACUCUUGCCUUUUUAAAAAAUAAAAUGUUUAUUUGUUUGAGAUGUCAUAGUUUAUUUUGCUCUUUUUAUUUUGUUUGUUUGUUUGUUUUCAUGGAUUAUGGUUAUUUUUAAAAUAUGUUAACGCUUGCACUUCAGUUAUCCAGUUUAUUGCCAAGGAAGAAUGAUGAAAUGUAAUUAGCAUGCUGCAUACAGGUACUGCAUCUUAAUCAAUUUACUUUUUUUUUUCUUUUUUUAUAAGUGACCAUACAUAUUUUAUAAGGGCCUUAUGUAAGGCUGCGGGGAGCGAGAAAUGCAUAGGAGGUAUCUGUGUUUUGGGCACCUAAAGGCCAGCUCGGACAUGGUCAUGGCAGAAGGCAAAACAUGUAAAUGUUUUUAACCAUAAUUUUUUUUAGAUUGUUAUUGUUUUUACUUUUACAGCAUUUAAAGUGCAUAGAUGAUGGUUUAGAAUUGUUUCUGUUUUUUUUUUUUUGUUCUUUAUUUUAAUUUUUUUCAGCAGCCACCUUAACUUUUUUUUGUGUUGUAGUUUUUACAUGCAAACAACAAAAAAAAUCAACAAAGAUGGCAAGGAUGUCUGUUACAUCUAAACUUGAAUAAUAAUGAUGAUAAUGAUAAUAAUAAUUAAUAAAGUAAUAACAAAACAUG